AUGGAGGUGGGAAGUACCCUCAAUUGCAGUUUGGGAGACCCUCGAGGAUUUUCAAGGCAAAGCGCUGUGGACGGCCAGCCCCUGUUCCCAGACCCGGCUUCUCUGCAGCUCCCUGAAGGGCUGACCGUGCUGCAGACAAUGUGCGUGGAGGGCCCCCAGCUCGGCGUCUUUUGCACCCAGGCCAUCCCCAAGGGGGUCCGCUUUGGCCCUUUCCAAGGCAGGGUCGUCAACACCAGCGAGAUCAAGACCUACGACGACAAUUCGCUGAUGUGGGAGAUCUUCGAGGACGGCCGCUUGAGCCAUUUCAUCGACGGCAGAGGCGCCUCCGGCAACUGGAUGUCCCUGGUGAACUGCGCCCGCUUCCCGGAGGAGCAGAACAUGACUGCCCUUCAGUGCCAGGGCCAGAUCUACUACGAGAGCUGCGCGGAGAUCUCGCCGGGCCAAGAGCUGCUGGUCUGGUACGGCGACUGCUACCUCCAGUUCCUGGGCAUCCCCAUCAGCCUGAAGGGCCCCGCAGAAGGGAAGCGAGCCCAGCAGCACAGUGAAGAGUCCGUGGAAGGCUACAAGUGCGAGCGCUGCGGCAAAGUCUUCGCCUACAAGUACUAUCGCGACAAGCAUCUGAAAUACACGCGCUGCGUGGACCGAGGGGACCGCAAAUUCCCCUGCCACCUCUGCAACCGCUCCUUCGAGAAGAGGGACCGCCUGCGGAUCCACGUCCUCCACGUCCACGAGAAGCACAGGCCGCAUAAGUGCUCUAUAUGCGAGAAGAGUUUUUCUCAGUCUUCCAGUCUAAACAAGCACAUGAGGGUGCAUUCUGGGGAACGGCCUUAUAAGUGUGUGUACUGUAACAAGGCAUUCACCGCCUCCAGUAUCCUGCGUACUCAUAUCCGCCAGCAUUCAGGAGAGAAGCCCUUUAAGUGCAAACACUGUGGCAAAGCCUUUGCCUCACAUGCAGCCCACGACAGUCACGUGCGGCGCACUCACAGUAAUAAGGACAAAGGCCGCACAUGUACAGUGUGUGGCAAAACAUUCCUAGAAGCAGAAGAGUUCCGUUUCCACAUGAAGUUUCAUGCAGCUCUGUAGCCAGAAGGCUUGCUCUGUAUCAUUCCCAGUUGUGUGUAUGUUUGUGCGUUAUUGUAUAUGUUUGAAUAUGGUGCUUCCUGUCCAGUGUCUUUGGAGUCAGAUGUGCUAAAACACAUAUAUGUAUGUAUUUAUCUAUGGUUGGAUAUGUACUCAGCUCUCCAGCUCUCAAAGUGGGAUACAGAGCGAGACAGCUAAGAACGAUGACCAAUUAUGAAGGUCAGAUUUAUGCAGAGGGAGACAGCUAAGACGAUGACCAAUUCUGAAGGUCAGAUUUAUGCAGAGGAAGACAGCUAAAGCUAAGGACAAUGACCAAUUCUGAAGGUCAGAUUUAUGGAGAGGAAGACAGCUAAGGACGAUGACCAAUUCUGAGAGGUUAGAUUUAUGCUUUGUCUGUGCCAAUAUGAUUGUUCAUUUUUAUUUUGUGUAUUAGAUUUUUAUCCUGCCCCUCCCCCAGGAUGGGGCUCAGCACAGCUAACAACAUAGCAAUACAAUAAAAAUAAUAAACCAUAAUUUCAAUAAAAUCCAAUUAACACU